GUGAGGUGCCUGCUUUUGAAUGUAAAACAUAAGGCAAAGAGAAAUAGUACAGCAAACUCCACACACAAAUUAAAAGUGCUAAUUCUAUUCAUUCAUCUUUGCUUUCUCUUUACUUCCCUCAAAGGCUUAACAAAAAAAAAAACUAGUCACUGUUCCCUUCAUUUUCUUUCUACUUUAAACAUUCUUUCAACAUUUUUAGUUCAGUUUUGCAGAAACUUGUUGUGUACUACCUUGUACUAUGUUUAUGUUUAUGUUUACUACACAUUUUUUCAUGAACUUCCUGUGACCAGCCGACAAUUCUGAACAUCGUACUGUAUCCCCAACCCCCUCCCAACAACCCCAUCCCACCCUCUCAAAAAACCUCUUCAUCACCGUUAGUACUGUUGUUUGUACAAGCAAAACACCUGCAGUAGCUUCCAUCUAUCUACUGUAUCCUGUAUCUGUCAAUUGUCAUUCCAAAAAUCCCCUCUCUUCAACAAACUCAAGAUUGUGACUUGAAAUACCAAUAAGAACAAAGGUUUUGUGGAGAUUGUAGGAUGGAGGGGCCUUUUCUGAAAUAAUUAUUUAGGGCUAAGAGUUGAAAUUUAUGCAGUUGGUGGUGCUUUUUUCAGCAAGAUGAGCUACCAAAGAUUCUAAAGAAUUGAUUUUUAUGCAGUUGGUGUUUUUUGAGCAAGAUGAGCUGCAAAAGAUUCUAAAGAAUUGAUUUUUAUGCAGUUGGGGUUGUGUUUUUUCCAGCAAGAUGAGUUGCAAAAGAUGCCAAGAAUCAAAAGGGGUGAUGAAAAAUGUUGUCUUUAUCAUAAUGCUUCUGAGUUGCAGUUUUUUUGUGGUGUCAAAUGCAAGAAAACUGGCUGAAAAUGGCGGUGAUGGUCAAGUACGUAGCUUGAUAGCCUUCAAGCAAUCCUCUAUUGAAUCUGAUCCAAAGGGGUUCUUGAAAGACUGGAGUUUAUCUUCUUCAAGUCCUUGCAAUUGGAAUGGGAUUUCAUGCUCAAAUAAUGGUGAAGUUGUUGAGAUAAAUCUCUCUAGUGCAGGGCUUAGUGGCCCUCUUCACCUCUCUAAUCUCAUGGCUUUGCCUACUUUGCUCAGAGUUUAUUUCAAUGGCAACCAUUUCUAUGGCAAUCUUUCCUCAAAAGCUACUAGUUCUUGUAGCUUUGAGUUUCUUGAUUUAUCAUCCAACAAUUUCUCUGAGGCUCUUGUUUUAGAGCCUUUGUUGAAGUCUUGUGAUAGAAUUAAGUACCUAAAUGUCUCUGGGAACUCAAUUCCAGAGGUUGUUCUAAAGUUUGGACCUUCACUUUUGCAACUUGACUUAUCAAGAAACACCAUUUCAGAUGUUGGCAUUUUGAGUUAUUCACUGUCCAAUUGCCAAAACUUGAAUCUGCUUAAUUUCUCCUCAAAUAAACUUGCUGGCAAGCUAAAAAACUCCAUUUCUUCUUGCAAGAGUCUAUCUGCUCUUGAUCUUUCACGUAAUAACUUUACCGGAGAACUCAAUGGUCUUGAUUUUGGGACUUGUCAAAAUCUCACUGUCCUCAAUUUGUCUUUCAACAACCUUUCUUCAACUGAGUUCCCAUCCUCUUUGGCUAAUUGCCAGAGUCUCAAUACUCUAGACAUUGGCCAUAAUUCGAUCAAAACGAAGAUUCCUGGUGAAUUAUUGGUUAAGCUAAAGAGUUUGAAGCGAUUGGUGUUCGCCCACAAUCAGUUUUUUGAUAAAAUUCCAUCAGAAUUGGGGCAGAUUUGCAGCACAGUUGAGGAGCUUGAUCUUUCUGGAAACUGGUUGACUGGUGAACUUCCUUCAACUUUUAAAUCAUGCUCCUCACUUUUCAGUCUCAAUCUUGGUAACAAUGAGUUAUCCGGCGAUUUCUUGAGUACUGUUAUCAGUUCAUUGACAAGUCUUAGGUAUCUCUACUUACCAUUUAAUAACAUAACUGGUUAUGUACCUAAGUCUUUGGUAAACUGUACACAACUUCAAGUGCUCGAUCUCAGUUCAAACGCUUUUAAUGGGACUGUACCUUCCGAGUUUUGUUUAGCAGCCUCGGGGUUUCCUCUGGAGACGAUGCUGUUAGCCAGUAAUUAUCUUACAGGUUCGGUGCCUAAACAGCUCGGACUUUGUAGGAACCUGAGGAAGAUUGAUCUCAGCUUCAAUAACCUGACUGAUUCAAUUCCAUUGGAGAUUUGGACCCUUCCAAAUCUUUCGGAAUUGGUAAUGUGGGCUAACAAUCUCACAGGCGAAAUUCCUGAUGGCAUUUGUAUAAAUGGAGGAAACCUUCAGACUCUCAUUCUCAAUAACAAUUUCCUCACAGGGCCACUUCCACAGUCCAUUGCCAAUUGUACCAACUUGGUUUGGGUUUCGUUGUCAAGCAAUCGACUUUCUGGAGAAAUACCACAAGGAAUUGGAAAUCUUGUAAAUCUUGCUAUACUUCAGUUGGGUAAUAACUCACUUAAUGGAUCGAUCCCUCAGGGAUUAGGUACGUGUAAGAACUUGAUAUGGCUAGAUUUGAAUAGCAAUGCUCUAACAGGUUCAAUCCCUCCCGAGCUUGCUGAUCAAGCUGGCCUUGUUACUCCGGGAAUUGUUUCUGGAAAGCAGUUUGCUUUUGUGAGAAAUGAAGGGGGAACUGAAUGUAGAGGUGCUGGUGGAUUAGUUGAAUUCGAGGGUAUUCGUGAAGAGAGGCUCUCAAUACUUCCUAUGGUUCAUUCCUGUCCAUCAACUAGAAUCUAUUCUGGCAAGACGAUGUAUACCUUCACGCGCAAUGGGAGCAUGAUUUACCUUGAUCUUUCCUACAAUUCUUUAUCAGGAACGGUUCCCGAGAGUUUAGGUUCGAUGAGCUUUCUACAAGUUCUGAAUUUGGGACACAACAAUUUCACCGGAACCAUUCCAUCCAACUUUGGAGGUUUGAAGAUAGUUGGAGUUCUCGAUUUGUCACAUAAUAGCCUUAAUGGAUUCAUUCCACCUUCAUUAGGAGGCCUUUCGUUUCUUAGUGAUCUUGAUGUUUCAAACAACAACCUAUCGGGAACAAUUCCUUCCGGUGGACAGUUAACUACUUUUCCCUCUUCAAGAUAUGAGAACAAUUCAGGCCUUUGCGGGGUCCCACUUCCUCCUUGUGGCUCUGGCAAUGGACACCGUUCAUCGAGCACUUACCAUCACGGGAACAAGAAGGGUACAACUAUUGGAAUGGUGGUUGGGAUUAUGGUCUCUUUUCAAUGUAUUAUCCUACUUAUUAUUGCCCUUUAUAGGAUUAGGAAGACUCAAACGGAGGAGGAAAAGAGAGAUAAAUACAUUGAUAGCCUUCCAACUUCUGGCAGUAGCAGCUGGAAACUAUCAACCGUUCCCGAGCCUCUUAGCAUUAACGUGGCAACAUUCGAGAAACCGUUGAGGAAACUGACCUUCGGACAUCUUCUAGAAGCUACUAAUGGGUUCAGCUCCGAAAGCAUGAUUGGCUCUGGAGGUUUCGGUGAAGUCUACAAGGCUCAGUUGAGAGAUGGAAGUACGGUCGCGAUCAAGAAGCUCGUGCACGUAACAGGUCAAGGAGACAGAGAAUUCAUGGCUGAAAUGGAAACUAUUGGAAAAAUCAAACAUAGAAACCUUGUCCCUUUGUUGGGAUAUUGCAAGAUUGGAGAGGAAAGGCUUCUUGUAUACGAAUACAUGAAAUAUGGAAGUCUUGAAUCUGUUCUUCAUGAAAGGGAGAUUCUUGAUUGGGAAGCUAGGAAGAAAAUCGCGAUAGGAUCAGCAAGAGGGUUAGCAUUUCUUCAUCACAGCUGCAUACCCCACAUAAUUCAUCGCGAUAUGAAGUCAAGUAAUGUGCUAUUAGACGAAAACUUUGAGGCUCGGGUUUCUGAUUUUGGCAUGGCGAGGCUGGUGAAUGCAUUGGAUACUCAUUUAAGUGUGAGUACACUUGCUGGUACUCCAGGUUAUGUUCCUCCAGAGUACUACCAAAGUUUCAGGUGCACUGCAAAGGGGGACGUGUACAGUUAUGGUGUCAUAUUAUUGGAGCUUCUUUCGGGGAAACGGCCAAUAGAUCCCCGGGAAUUCGGUGAUGAUAACAAUCUUGUUGGAUGGGCAAAGCAACUUCAUAAUGAGAAAAAAAGUCAUGAGAUUCUUGAUCCUGAGCUAAUAACAAAUUUAUCUGGUGAUGCUGAACUUUACCAUUAUUUAAAGGUUGCGUUCGAAUGCCUUGAUGAGAAACCUUACAAAAGGCCAACAAUGAUACAAGUGAUGACCAAGUUUAAGGAACUACAAGCUGAUUCAGAAAGCGAUAUUCUUGAUGGAAUUUCAGUGAAAGGUUCUAUACUCGAGGAAUCCCAAGAAAGAGAACCUUAAAUCAAAUGAUAUUUUGAUGUUUUUGUGGUUAGAAUUCUGUUGUUAUUUUUUAUUGCCUCAUCAUGGAUAGUAGUAGAAACUUUUCAUCUUAAUGGUUCUCCAUACCACUGAGAUUUAUAAGAGUUUAUACUUCAGAUUUUGCCUACUGUGUAAAUAUUAGAACACGACAGAAAUGGAGAUCUGUGUUGCUUA